UUAAAUAUCUUUUUUGACAACCCUAAUGCGAAUAUUGGAAAAAAACUUGAAGGCGAGAGGUUGUUCGAAGCAACGAAUAAGAUUUCCGACCAUUUUCCUUAUGAACUUGACAAAAAAUAUAUACAUAUUAUGGUUGAAUUGCCAGGUUACCACCUCACUCUUAUAGGUUGUACUAAAAAAAAUGAACUUGUUCCCACGGACAAAAUCAUUUUCAAAGAAGGUCCCCUCGAUCUAGAAGGUGAAAUUGUCCGCACCAACGUAGGAAUUCGAAUCAAAUUCGUCUAUAAAUCUGAAAUACUUAUGCUGGAUUCAUUUACUAAAUUCAUUGAACAAGUGAAAAAAAUUCAAAAUUUGAGUUCUAAUAAGGAGACUAAACCCUAUAUCUGGAGCAAGAACAUAAUGGAAAACUUAAUGAUUUAUUUGCAUGCAUCGGAUGAAAAAUUGUCCUGGUUUGAUUUUCGUGAGCGGGUGCUUAGCCAAAGAAAGAUCCACCAAGAUUUAAAAG